CCAGCAGCCCAGCCUUCCCGGCUACAGAAUAUAUUCAGGGAAUCCCUUUCUAAGCACCGACCCCCCUUGCACUUUUUCUAUUACUUUUUUUUUUAAUGACCUCCACCCCCCUGGUAGAAAUUAAUUCGGAUUGAACAGUUAUUCACCGGGGCUACUGCUUUGAAGGAGGAGAUCCAGAUUAAAAAAAAAAAUACCCACAGCGCCCCCGGUCCUGAUCGCAGCCGGCUGGGGAGGUCCUGGGAUCUGACAGCCAAACAGAAAAGGGGGGAGAAAGGAGGAGGAAAAAAAAAGCCUGAAAAGGAAAUCCUGUAGCGCACUUAUAGAAGUGUCCUUGAAGACUCACCCUUAACACUGAUGGUGCAAAAGGUUUAAAAUCAGCUGAUGUACACAAGGACCAGAGUCACGUGAUGUAUGAAGGCAAACACAUACACUUCUCUGAGGUUGACAACAAGCCCCUGUGCUCCUACAGUCCCAAACUCUGCAAGCAGCGAAGACUCAACGGCUACGCUUUCUGUAUCCGGCACGUUCUUGAAGACAAGACUGCCCCCUUCAAGCAAUGUGAAUAUGUGGCCAAGUAUAACAGCCAACGCUGCACCAACCCCAUCCCUAAAUCAGAGGACCGUAGGUAUUGCAACAGCCAUCUGCAGGUUCUCGGAUUUAUUCCCAAAAAGGAGAGGAAGAAAAAGAAUGAUGCGUUGGAGGAGGUGAAGCCCCGGCAUCAAAUGGACACCAUGGCGUUCAGCUUGACUGUCCCCCCCUUGGCCUUGAAGAUGCCCAAUGGACUGGACGGAAUGACCCUUUCUCCUCCAGGUGCAAGGCUUCCUUUCCACUACUUAGAAACAGAUCUGGAAGAUCCUUUCAUGUUUGAGGAGGAAGAAGACCUGAAAAAAGGGGCAUCGAUUAAAAAGAAAUUGCACAGCAAGCUGGCCCAAAACCGACAACGUCAAAAAGAAACAGAGAUUUUAAAAGUUAAUCAAGAGCACUUUAGCCCUCAUCCUGCACCUUCUCCGCUACAGGCUCCAUCUGUCCUAGAGCAGCCCAAGCUGGUAUUACCAGUGCCAGUGUCGCUGACACCUGCUGGGCUACCACAGAGCCUUGCCUGCAAGUCACCUCAACCUCAAAAUACCAGCCUACCAGUACAGGGAGCGUCGCCUGUCACGCACACACUAGCACAAGCAAGACCCGUGUCUAGCAAGAGAACCCUUCCUGUCUCACCUUUGGUAACAGAAACACCCCAACGGGACAGGAUACAGGUGGCAGCAACUGCGUUGCCGACUUAUUCCUCCUGUGUAAGUCGGCUGCAGAGACUGGUGAAACUAUGUACGCAGAAACAGCAACUAGAUAAGGAUUUGUUUCCACAUUUAGGGCUGGACUGGUCAGAAGAUAGUGGAGAAGAGCAGGAAGACCCUGACCGAGCAUCUCCAUAUCAGGUUGCAUGGUCAUUCCGAGAGAGUCUCCAUCAGGAUUGCAAAAAGUUUGAUGCUGAUGCAGCGCACACCAGGAGCUCCAGGGUCACACAACUUUGCACUUACUUUCAGCAAAAAUACAAGCAUCUCUGCCGCCUGGAGCGGGCAGAAUCUUUUCAGAAGAAAUACAGACAUACAUUCCGGAAAGCCUUACACAAGGCGGCCACCCGAGAGCCAGAGUCUGCAGGGCAGCUGAUGUACGAACUGCGCAGGACUGCUCGCAUGCGGCCAGUUCAACCAGAGCUAAGAGAAGAACCAGCACUAUGCAGUGCAACUGUAAGGAGUAAACCGUGUACAAACCGAGCCCUCCCCUACACAAGGCACUGCUUUCAACAUAUCCUUUCCAACAGCUCACAGCAGCUCUUUUCUAGUUGCACAGCAAAGUUUGCGGACGGCCAGCAGUGUUCUGUACCCGUGUUUGAUAUCACGCAUCAGACUCCUCUAUGUGAAGAACAUGCCAAGAAAAUGGAUAAUUUCCUGCGAGGGGACAAUUCUCGUAAAGUUCAACACCAGCAGCAGAGGAAACCCAGGAAAAAGACCAAGCCUCCAGCACUUACCAAAAAACACAAGAAGAAGAGGCGGCGCGGUCCCCGAAGGCCCCAAAAACCCAUCCCACCCGCAGUGCCCCAGGGCAAUCUCUGUAUGCCUAGCAGCCUUUCACUGCCAGUAGAGGUAUCCCGUAUGAGGAGCCCAUCCACACCUGACUUGAGCACAGAAGAGCUGCCUGAUGACAUCACUAGCGAGAUUGCAGACAUUCACCACGACUUGGAGUUAAACCAAGAGGAUUUCUCUGAUGUUCUGCCACGUUUACCUGAUGACCUGCAAGACUUUGACUUCUUUGAAGGUAAGAAUGGAGAGCUUCUCCCUACUACUGAUGAAGCAGAAGAACUGGAGAGGGCCCUGCAGGCUGUCACUUCUCUGGAAUGUCUUAGUUCCAUUGCAGUUUUGGCUCAUUCUGACAGUGUUACUGGGCAGGACCUGUCAGACCGAGGAAUAGCUGCAUUCUCAGCAGUUUCUGCUGGUCCAGAGAUACGAGACGUUCCUGCAGACCUAGGUGAGCUGCUCAAUGGGCGUAUGGUUCAUGAAAACUUCACCAGCCUGGAACUGGAUGAAAAUCUGCUUGGUUCUGAUACUUUGUCUAGCCCAUCAGCACCCUUGAGUGGGCAUAUCCAGAGGGAGUUCUCCACCUCCUCUGCCAAUGUUGGCCUUACUUCUGCCGCUCUAAUAAGCCAGAGCUCGCUUGAAGAGGGAGCAUUUCCGGGUACUUUCCAUGGACUACAUGAAGGCAGCCAUGCCACCCAGCAAUCUCUUCCUGCAGAGAUCUUGAGUAAGGCAGAUGAUCUAAUCACCUCACAACAGCAAUACAAUAAUGACCAUUCACAUUCAUCACCCCAUGGAAGCCAUUAUGACAAGCAUGUUCAGUCCCCGUACAACGAGCAAAUUACAUCCCCGCAUGAUACUUCUUUCUCCAGUGAUAGCUUGGCAGUUUCAUUUUCUUCUGAUGUACCCAUUAUUACACAGCAUCUGCUAACUUCCCAACUAGAGGUUCCUCUUUGUGGAGUAGUAAAUCCCCGAACUCACUGGGGGAACCUUCCUGUGAACCUUGGGGAUCCAACUGCUUUUGGCACCUUUCUCAGCUCUGACGGACACCUACUAUCCACUUCUCUUUCCACCCCUCCAACCACCACUCAUUCAGAGAACACACAGCCUGCCUUCUCCACUGUGACCCCCAACAGCUCUAAUAUGCUUCCGGGGUUACCGCAGACAAGUUUCAGCGGCCUCAGCCCCCCUCCUUCUGAACUCAUGGACUCAACAUCCCCCAAACAACAGCUCCCUCAGUUCAUUGCCGCUUUUGGCCAUCAGCUGAACUCUCACAGUGGCAUCCCCAAAGACCUACAACCUAGCCAUAGCUCAAUUGCUCCCCCCACAGGAUUCACUGCAACAGGUGCCACAGCUACAAGUACCAACAACUCCUCCACCUUGUUCACAAGCCCUAACUGAUGGCAUCAUUACUUGUUUUAUGGAUCAGAUGAGAGGGGAGUAGUCUUACCUUAUGCUUGUUGCUCUUUCCAUAUUUCUUUUGGAAUGUUUUUAGCAUUCUUUAACAAGGAGGAAUCUAUCCGCUGCAAUGUCCUUGUGCUUUAUUGGCACUGGUGCUCCUAACAUUUGUACGUUUGCUUAUAUUCCUGUUUUUAUCUCUUAAGGAGUGACAUUGGAUUUUGACACAUUGCCCUACGAAUUCCUGACCUUGGUAAUAGGGAAUAAAAAGCAUUCCCGUUUACCUAAUUAUAUCAAUACUUGGGCUUACACCUAGAUGCUGCACAGUCUAAGAGCAGUGGAAGAAGGCAAAAAAGGAUAAGAACUCAUUAAGGCAGGAAAUGAAUUUUUUUUAUUUGAAAGAACCGUAAGUGAGCAAUACUGCAACUGAGCAUAAGUGAUGUGGCCCGCUGCAGUAAGAGCCUAUUGUAUUAUCCUGCAUAUGUCAAGCUAUCUUAAUCUUGUGCAUUGUAUGUGUGAAUAUGUGUGUGUGUGUGUGUGUGUUCUAGAGUCAGGAGAAGAAUGUCAUUCACCAUUGGGUAGUAAGUGGUGCCAGCAAUUUUGCUUCCAAUGGCAUUCAUUCCUUAUUUUUUUUUCUUUUUGGCCUUACAAUGACCACAUGGACCAUAAGUAAAAGAUAUAUAUAUAUAUUUAUGGCAACGUAGCAUGAAAAGAUCAGAGAAUACGAUAGUAUUGCAAACUAUUCAGCAUACACUGCUGAAGUGUGAUGCCUGGUUCCGUUAAGUACAAAGCAAAAAAUUGUGAAAUCAAAUUGUUUGUUUUAUAUGAAUUCUGGAUUUUGCACAUUAUCCCUAAUUGUGUUGGCAGAAAAAAAGAUGGCUGGAUUCAGGGUAGAGCAUCUUAUUUCCAUUUUGUAAAAGGUUGAAAUUAGUAUUGGUAUUUGAAAUGUUGCAUGUUUUGGGGUUGGUUUUUUAGGUAGGGAGUAUGGCAAGUACUUAAA